AUGCUGCAAGGGUCAUCAUUGAAGAGUGGAUGCCCAUGGUGGAGCGAUGAGAGCGGCAAGCGGGUGAAGGCGAUUCGUAGCGACCGUGGUGGGGGGAGCGGAGUUCGGAGCUGGUUGAAGCGGCAUGGCAUCAAGCAGCAGCUCACCACGGCCUACACCCCUCAGUCAACGGCGUGGCAAGAGAGAGCGAACCGGACCAUUAUAGAGGGCGGAGAGAACGAUAUUGGUGGACUCGGAGUGACAGAGGUGUCACAUGACUUGGGAGGUGCUGAAGGGGAGGCAGUAGAUGUGGAAGAAGUACUACAGCAAGGGGAGGCCCCUAUAGCUGAGAGAGGUGACACCGAUGAGGAGGUGCAGCAGCCUACACCAUCUCCUAAGCUUCCAUCAAGGCGCACAACCAAGGGAAGCGUGAUGCUGUCCGUGGUGGAGCCAAGGAAGGAGCAGCCAAGGAGAGGCCCAAGAGAGCUGCCCAUCCAAGGGAUUUCCUCAAACCGAUGCGGAGGGGAGGUUGGAGAGGCGCAAGACAAGGCUUGUGAUCAAAGGCUUUCAGCAGAGGGAGGGAAUGACUUUCAAGAGGUGUUUGCUCCUGUUGCCAAGGCUCCUACGCUCCGGUUGUUGCUAGCAGCCGCUGCCGUUUGUGGCUGGAAGGUGGAGCAAAUGGAUGUGAAGACGGCAUUCCUCUAUGGCAUGGUAGAUGAGGAGAUCUACAUGAAGCAGCCAGAGGGGUAUGAUGAUGGGAUCGGACGUCGGGUGCGACGAGAGUUCUUCAUGACCGAGGGGGAGGAGGAGAAGGUAUUUCUCCUUGUCUAUGUCGAUGACAUCCUCCUCUUCUCUCCAUUCCUAGAGAGGAUCAAGGAGGUGCAAGGGAAGCUGAAAGAGACCUUUCAAUGCAAGGCCCUUGGACCAGUGGGUAUUACCUUGGUCUUCACGUUGGAGCGGGACGAGGUGAAGGGAUGGUUGAGGCUUCACCAACACAAGUACCUUGCAGCCAUGGGGGAGAAGUAUGGGCUGGAGGAAGGGAGGAGUGUGAAGACUCCUUACCCUCAGGGUUUCAGCUGCACCUUGAUGAAGAGGAGG